AUGUCGUCCUCUCAAUACCAAAGCCAAGCCAACCAAGCUUCUCGGCCGUCGCGUACCCCUUCUCCUUCCAUACAUCAACAAUCUCAGUCACAGUCGCGUACAGGCUCAGCCAACAACUCGCCGGGCGCACCACGUCUCCCACCCAAGGACGCGCAAUCGCAAUCGCAUUCAGGCUCGCGCACGGCCUCGCGCUCGUCCCCCCGCAACAACAACCCCACAACAACAAAGACAGACUACCUCACCCUCCCUCCGUCCACUUCGUCAUUCUCCAAUCUCGCGCGGUACGCUAGCGGGAACAGCAAUUCGGCGGCAGACGACGACCUCGUGCAGGCCGUUCGGGACUCGGUGCAGAUCCGCUCCCCCUCCCCUUCCCCUUCUGCCCAACAAUCAACGUACCUCGCGCGCCCACUCGAACCUACCAUCGCGCCCCAACGCAGGUCCCCUUCCCCUCGGAUGCCAUCGGCCAACUUCCGCGCGCAACCAGACUUCUCAGCUUCGCCCGAUCUCAACAGCAACGCCACUGCAGGUUUCCAGUUCCAGCCGGGACACGGAUACAGCCAUUCCAGCCCGGACAUGAGUGGUCUGGUGCAGCCCACGAUGGGCAGAGGAGGGGCGGCGGUGAUGAACCCGUUUGAGGAGGAGGACGUGCAUCAGUCUCAAGGGACGGCGGGGAAUGGAACGAAGCAUAGGAGUCCAGAGGCAGCGGGAGUCGUGGCGCCUUCAAGGCAGAAGUUCAGUCGGGCAAACACUGCGUGA